AAAGCCCCCACAACUCACUUCCACACACACACGCCGCGCCCCCUGGCACGAACCACGCUACGCGGUUCAGGACCGGCAGGUGGUGAACGCCAUUGCCAUCCAACCCAACUCCCUCCCCUCCCCGCCGGAUAAAACCCCUCCUCUUCUUCCCCACCACCACCCCCACUCCCCGUCCUUACCGCGACAUUGACGGCACUACACGCAAACACGCACGGAAGAGUAAAGCGCCCCCCUCCCCUCUCCCUCUAUCUCUCUCUCUCUCCAAACCACGUGCGCCGCCGCUGCCGCCGCCGCGUCCGCCGCCGUCGCCAUCGGGGGGAGAGGCGAGGCGAGGGCGAGGCGGGAGGGACUCGUUUUUUUUGACAGGGCGGAUGCGAUGCCACUGCGGCGAAAGGUGAGGGGUGCCGCCGCGGCGGGGAGGCGGGCGGCGGUGCGGUGGUGGCUGCUCUCGCUCGCCGCGACGGGCGCCACCGUCACCGCCGCCGCCGCGCUGCUCGCCGUCGCCCUCCACGUCUCCUCCUCCUCCGCCGCCUCCGGCCCCGCUUCCUCCUCCGGCGUGCCCUACCGCCUCUCCAAGCAGCCGCGGGAGGCCGGGGAGCUGAGGUGGGAGCAGGAGUUCGCGCCGCCGCAACUCGCUUCGCCGCAGUCGCGAAAGCUGGACGGCGCAGCCGAUGACGCCGGGGAGAAGAGGUGGUGGCUGCCGGCACCGUCGCGCGGGUUCACGCCAUGCGUCGCGCCGUCGCCGGCGUACAAAAGUCCUGGGCCAUCGAGGGGGUACCUGCUGGUGCUCACGAAUGGAGGGCUCAACCAGAUGCGCGCUGGGAUCAGCGAUAUGGUAGCAGUUGCACGUAUGCUCAAAGCUACUCUCAUAAUUCCAGAGCUUGAUAAGAAAUCAUUUUGGCAUGACAAAAGCAACUUCUCAGAUGUAUUUGAUGAGGAAUAUUUUAUUCAUUCUUUGGCAAAUGAUGUGAAAGUUGAGAAAAAAUUACCAAAGGAUUUGGUGAAAGCUCCAAAGUUUGUUAGGUACUUCAAGAGCUGGUCUGGAAUAGAUUAUUACCAUGAUGAGAUUUAUCCUCUGUGGGAGCACCGGCAGGUUAUUCGUGCUGCUAAAUCUGAUUCUCGCCUUGCAAACAACUACCUUCCUCCUGAUAUUCAGAAGCUUCGCUGCCGAGCCUUUUUCCAGGCACUGAGAUUUGCUCCUCCAAUCGAAGCUUUAGGCAAUCUGUUGGUGGAGAGGAUGAGAUCGUUUGGACCAUACAUUGCUUUGCAUUUACGUUAUGAGAAGGAUAUGCUUGCUUUUAGUGGGUGCACACAUGGUCUGUCACAGACCGAAUCAGAGGAACUUGCAAUGAUCAGAGAAAACACAAGCUACUGGAAGGUAAAAGAUAUUGAUCCAUUGGAUCAAAGAUCCCAUGGUUAUUGUCCCUUGACACCAAAGGAGGUUGGUAUGUUUCUUUCUGCUCUUGGAUAUCCAUCGAGCACUCCGGUUUACAUAGCGGCAGGGGAAAUAUAUGGCGGUGAAUCUCAUGUGGUUGAUUUGCUAUCACGCUUUCCAAUUAUGAUGAACAAGGAGAAGCUUGCCUCAGCUGAAGAACUACGACCAUUCAGGCAAUAUGCUUCUCAAAUGGCAGCUUUAGACUACAUUGUUUCAGUGGAGAGUGAUGUCUUUAUUCCAUCAUAUUCGGGGAACAUGGCACGGGCUGUCGGGGGUCAUCGUCGUUUUCUUGGCCACAGGAAGACCAUCAUUCCUGACAGGAAAGCAUUAGUUCGCUUGUUUGAUAAAGUUGAUGGUGGAUUACUGAACGAAGGGGAGAGACUAUCACGAAGGAUAAUAGAUAUCCAUCGGAAAAGACAAGGAUCUCCGAGGAAAAGGAAAGGUCCUGUAUCAGGAACAAAAGGCAACGAUAGGUUUCGGUCAGAAGAGGCAUUUUAUGAGAACCCUCUUCCUGACUGCCUGUGUCAACCGGAGUCCCCAGCCAGCGAUGCUUCUGUGGUCAGCAUCUAGUCAGGGAGCCGAUCAUCCUUAACGUCACUAAUCACCACUACCAAGUACAUAAACCAACCCACAAACACAGAGGAAGAUGCUAUACUGAAGAUCUCCACAGCAUCACCGUUCAGUUUUUGCUUAGAUGACAUCACGCCCCAACUAUUCGUUGGUGCAUUGCCAAUUUGCCAGCCCAACUCUCUACCGCAAGUGACAGUUGCCAAUUAUCGAAGCCGCAUGACAUUGUUCAGAGCAGGUGGAGGUUGAAGGACUGGGCAUAGCUGUAUAGAGCCCUCUAUGUAGGCACAUCUGUACAGGACCUCACAUUAGUUACAGCUUUAACUUCGCAAUUAAGCACCACUUGUAAGUCGACGGUGCUAAAGAAGAGAAAUAACUGAAACACACUACGAGUGUAGUUUCUCCAGUCGUUUCUUGGCAUCAAUCUAUAACUCAUGUUUCACUUGUUGAACUUGCUGCAAAUCUGGAAGCACUGUGCUAACAUAGUAACAGGGGAUAUUGGAACUUGUAAACUUGCUGCCAACCUGGAAGCAUUAUAGUAACAGCCUAACAGGGGAUAUUAAUACUUGUUAA